CUGCUCGUGCGUUCAGCAGCAGCAGCAGCUGUUGCAACUCGCGACCUCCGUCGCUCUCCUGCCCAAAUACCAGGUGUUAUAUAUAAGGGAGAAAAAUCCCACUGGCCUCCCCGGGGACCAACCAGAGCGGCCCGCUGGAGCCUCUCCUUGGCUUUGCAACCAUGCCAGGCGGUUUUCUCUCCCUCCCGAAGCAGAGGCUGCUUGGCACUCUUGGGAGGCUGUGGAGGGAGUGGGGCGGCUGCCCCGUUGCUGUCCACGGGGGUGGAAGGGAAGGGGACGGUGCCAGGGUCCCCUUUGGCACAGGUGCCAGCCCGUGGGUGUUUGCAGGGGGCAUCCGGAGCUGGGCUGCAGCUCCCCCGUUGGCCAUGGCUGCCAAGGUGGAUUUGACCACGUCCACCGACUGGAAGGAGGCUAAAUCAUUUCUGAAAGGACUGAACAACAAACAGCGGCGUGAGCAUUACUUCACCAGAGACUUCAUCAAACUGAAGCAGGUACCAACUUGGAAAGAAAUGGCCAAAAGUGCCCGGAUUCACCAACCCGAAGAAACCAUUUACCCCAAAGAUAAUCACCUGAAUGGGAAAAUCUCCCUCGUCCGAGGAGAUAUUACGAAGUUGGAGGUCGAUGCGAUUGUCAAUGCUGGUGAGUGAACGGCAGAUUGGAUCCUGUUUGGCU